CGAGCCUUUUAAGAAAGAGGUGGUGUUCAGUUCGAGCUUUUGCGGGUCCUUUUGAGUCUAAUAAUGAGGAAGGAACCUUUUUCAGGCCUCCGUGACGCGUGCACGUAAUUAGCCUAGCCUAGCGUGUUUAGGAUCGCGGGCUCCCGCGGGGAAUAGCCUUCUUUCCUCCCCUCCCGCCCGAAAUUCUGCGAUCGGCUACAAAGGCUCCCUUGCUGCAACCUUGCAAACUAGUCAUUGCAUUCUUGGAGGACAACAUCGACUGUAGCAUUGGACAAGAAUCUAGUGGGUUGGUUUUACUUUUGAAGUGGGGAGGGGAGAGACACGAAGAAUAUUUCCUUCCGACAGAAUAGCUUGGAGCCGAUUGCCGCUAGCUGGAAAAUGAGAACCCGUGUCAGUCUUUGGCAGCAAAAAUUGCAGUUCUGCGUGCUAAUGAGUGAAUGAACCACAAGUGAUAACGGAUACUAGAGAGAAAGAAAGAGGCUCUGUCAACUCACACAGUCCCCAACAACACUUUCAUGUUUCGUAAGGGAUUGUGAGGAAGUUAAAAAUGAGGAGCAGGAGCAAUUCUGGAGUCCGCCUAGAUGGCUACGCUCGACUUGUUCAACAGACAAUUUUGAAUCAACAGAAUCCAGUUACAGGACUACUUUCUGCCAGCACAGAGCAAAAGGAUGCUUGGGUGCGAGAUAAUAUAUAUAGCAUUUUGGCUGUCUGGGGCCUAGGGAUGGCCUACAGGAAGAAUGCAGACCGGGAUGAGGACAAAGCCAAAGCAUAUGAAUUAGAACAGAAUGUUGUGAAACUAAUGCGGGGGCUCUUGCAAUGUAUGAUGAGACAGGUAGAUAAGGUUGAAAAGUUCAAGCACACUCAGAGUACCAAGGAUUGCCUGCAUGCCAAAUAUAACACGGCCACUUGUGGAACAGUAGUUGCAGAUGACAAGUGGGGACAUCUACAAGUAGAUGCAACUUCGCUUUACCUUCUCUUCCUGGCUCAGAUGACAGCAUCAGGAUUGCGUAUUAUUUUCACACUUGAUGAAGUGGCCUUUAUACAGAAUCUUGUAUUUUAUAUCGAGGCUGCCUAUAAAGUUGCUGAUUAUGGCAUGUGGGAACGUGGUGAUAAGACAAAUCAGGGCAUUCCUGAGUUGAAUGCAAGCUCUGUUGGAAUGGCAAAAGCUGCUUUGGAAGCAAUUGAUGAGCUGGACCUGUUUGGAGCUGGAGGUGGACAUAAGUCAGUUAUUCAUGUGCUUCCAGAUGAAGUUGAACAUUGUCAGUCUAUUCUAUACUCCAUGUUACCGAGGGCAUCCACAUCAAAAGAGAUUGAUGCUGGCCUUUUGUCCAUUAUUUCUUAUCCAGCCUUUGCCAUAGAAGAUAUGAACAUUGUUAAUGCAACGAAAAAUGAAAUUAUCACCAAGUUGCAAGGACGUUAUGGCUGCUGUCGUUUCCUCCGAGAUGGCUAUAAAACACCAAGAGAGGAUCCAAACAGAUUACAUUAUGAUCCUGCUGAGCUCAAGUUAUUUGAGAACAUAGAAUGUGAAUGGCCUGUAUUCUGGACAUAUUUUCUAAUUGAUGGAGUUUUCAAUGAUGACAGAAUUCAGGUGCAGGAAUACAGAGAAGCCUUGGAAGGGAUCCUUAUUAGAAAAAAGAAUGGAAUUCUUCUGAUGCCAGAACUGUAUGCAGUUCCACCAGAUAAGGCGAGUGAAGAGUAUGAAAAUCCUCACACAGUGGAUCGUGUUCCAGCAGGAAAACUUCCUCAUCUUUGGGGCCAGUCAUUAUAUAUUCUUUCUGCCCUCCUAGCAGAGGGAUUUUUGGCUACGGGUGAAAUCGAUCCAUUAAACAGAAGGUUUUCAACUGCUUUUAAGCCUGAUGUGGUUGUUCAAGUAACCGUUCUAGCAGAAACAAAUGAAAUUAAGAAACUCUUACGACAUCAUGGAAUUAAUGCACAAAGCAUUGUUGACCUGAGUCCCACCAGAGUGCAGCCAUCUCGGAUUCUGAGUAAUCUUUAUGCUAAGCUUGGGCGUAACAAGAACAUGAAGCUGAGUGGGAGGCCUUAUCGGCAUAUUGGUGUCCUGGGAACAUCCAAAUUAUAUAUCAUAAGAAACCAAAUAUUUACUUUUACCCCUCAGUUUACAGAUCAGCAUCACUUCUACUUGGCUUUAGACAAUCGGAUGAUUGUGGAAAUGCUUCGAACUGAGUUGGCUUAUCUAACUUCCUGUUGGCGAAUGACUGGAAGACCAACUCUUACUUUCCCAAUCACUAAUACAAUGCUUGUUGAUGAUGGGACUGAUAUUGAUUCUGCAAUUCUUGCCACCAUAAGAAAGCUUGGAGAUGGAUAUUUUGGAGGAGCAAGAGUGAAGUUGGGCAAACUUUCGGACUUUCUGACCACUUCAUUCUAUACAAACCUAAGUUUCUUGGAUCCUGAUUGUGACAGCAAGCUAUUUGAUGAUGAGAAUGAAGGCUACUCUAGCCCUGAAAGUGGCUAUGAACUAGAAGAUUAUGCAGACUUCUGUGAUAAGGAAAGCCACGAUGAACUGGACCAGUACAUAAACAGUAUGUUACAGAGCACUGCUCUGAAAUCAUACUUACCUUCACUCACAAAAGACACAGGCUCAUCCUACGUGUUUAGUGCUGCUCAUUCUACUAGAGAAAUACUAUCAAUCAUGGCCAAGGCUAAAGGACUGGAUGUUCCAAAUGUUUCAAUGACCUUGCCUACAAAGGUUUUAAACACUCACCGGAAAUCUUUGAACCUAGUUGACUCCCCUCAUCCACAAAUGGGUCAAGAAUCUAAGACUGCUCUUCAUUUGCCCAAGGAUGCUCAUGGUGAUUUGGAUUGUGAGAAAUUAAUUGGGCAGCUAACAGAAUGCCCUACUUUGCAUGACCAGGCUGAUAUAUUAUACAUCUUAUAUCUAAUAAAAGGUCUUGAUUGGGAAACACAGCUCUAUGGCCAGUCUGGAGUCACAGUUCAUUGCCUCCUCAACGAACUGUACAGCAAAGCAGGUGUAAACCAAGAAUGGGGGCUCAUCCGUUAUAUUUCUGGCAUAUUGAAAAAGAAAGUUGAAGUCCUGGCUGAGGCCUGUACAGAUCUUUUAUCCCACCAGAAGCAACUUACAGUUGGUCUCCCGCCUGAGCCCCGUGAAAAAACAAUUACAGCGCCUUUGCCUCCUGAAAAGCUGACCAAAUUAAUAUAUGAAGCCUGUGGCCAGGAUAUCAGCAUUGCAGUCCUCACACAGGAAAUUAUAGUGUACCUGGCCAUGUAUGUCCGGUCACAACCCAGUCUCUUUGCAGAAAUGCUCAGACUCCGCAUUGGGCUCAUUAUUCAAGUGAUGGCCACAGAACUUGCUCGCAGCUUGAAUUGUUCGGGUGAAGAAGCCUCUGAAAGUUUAAUGAAUCUGAGUCCCUUUGAUAUGAAAAAUCUUCUUCAUCAUAUUCUCAGUGGAAAAGAAUUUGGAGUCGAAAGGAGCAUGCGUCCUCUUGAUUCUUCUACAUCCAGCCCUGCUAUAUCUAUCCAUGAAGUGGAUCACACUGGAGCAACAAAGACAGAAAGAAGUGGCAUUACAAGACUGAAAAGUGAGAUGAAACAGAGACAUAAGAGACUAAGUAGUAAUGAACAGUUCUUCUAUGGGGGCCAUUCCAUAUCCAGCAGCAUGCACUCAUCCAGGUCCAUGAGAUGCAGUAGCCCAUCUUCUCCUACUAGUACUUCAUCCCUAACUGGGUCAGUUGGACACUCUAUUAGCUGGGGUGACCGACAAGGGCAGUGGCUUCGCAGGAGACGGCUCGAUGGUGCCAUUAAUAGAGUCCCUGUGGGUUUCUAUCAGAAAGUGUGGAAGAUCCUUCAGAAGUGUCAUGGACUGUCUAUUGAUGGGUAUGUCCUUCCAUCUUCAACCACAAGGGAGAUGACUGCUUGUGAAAUUAAGUUUGCUGUCCAUGUGGAAUCAGUGCUGAACCAUGUGCCCCAGCCUGAAUACAGACAGUUAUUAGUGGAGGCCAUCCUUGUACUGACCCUAUUGUCAGAAAUAGAUGUGAACAGUAUUGGGGGUAUAAUUCACGUGGAUCGGAUUGUGCACAUAGCAAAUGACCUCUUCCUUCAGGAACAGAAAUCCCUCGGAGCAGCUGAUGGCUUCUUAGAACAAGAUGCAGGCACAGGUAUCAGCUACUUUUUCUAUGACAGUGCUCCAAGUGGUGCUUAUGGAACCAUGACUUAUCUAACAAAGGCAGUAGCUAGUUAUCUCCAUGAAUUUCUUCCAAGCACAGGCUGCCUGAUGCAGUAAACUGUCCAAAAUACAAGAUCCAUUCCUACAGGAUUUUUCUUAUAAUCAUAAUUUUUUGAGUCCUCAGUGGCUAGGACUUCUGGAAGUUGAAUCUCAAUACAUCCUGGAGACUGCUGAGAAAGGCUGCCCUGUAGCUCCUCGUGCUACCUCAACAUUACCUGCAUCAUUUUACUAUUAACAUAAGGCCUCAGCCUGGGAGCAAGAUCAAAGGCACAAUUCUAUGCAUAUCUCCUGCAGAGCAUUGUCUGGAUCAUCUUGGACUAGGGUACCUGCAAUUAAUCCUUGUCUUAUUGGUGCAGGGGGGAAAAAAGCUAAGUUUAAUUUCAAGGGAGAGAAGUAGCUUUCUAACGUGCACAUGUGCACGCACACGGACAUAUAUAAACCUGCUUCAGGUUUUGAAUUUUGUAUUGUUGGUUAAAUUUAAGCAUAACAAUAGUAGGUUAUAAUUGUGAUCAGCACUUCAUUUGUCAUAAUAAAAUUACUCCUAUUCUUCAUUUAUAAAGAGGGGGAGUACUAUUAAAGCUAGCAUGAAUCUAAGCUGAAAUUAAUAGGAAAUAUUUCAUGGAGAAGAGUAGUAUAAAGACGAAAAUGGAUGUUUAGCAGUUUGAGAGUACUAACGCAGUGAAGUCUAAAAGAUAAUGCAGUGAAAAAGGAAACAUUUCUAGCCAGCAAACUUAACGGGUAGAACAUCUGCCCCCAUCUGAUCAUUAGCUGAACAGCUAAUGUAUGCUUUAAGAUGUAUUGGUUAUUAAAGUUUAUUGGCAGAUCAUGAGUACUAGUCCUGCCUUAGGCAUGAACCCAACUGGGUGACCUUGGGCUGGUCACUCACUCACAGCCCUAGAAAGGAGGCAAUGGCAAACUACUUCUGAAAAUCUUGAAGAGAAAGCGAACAGCUUUCUGGGAAUGCUUGGCUGAUUCUACUGAUUGUUUCUUCACAUAUUGUAAACUGGGAGGAUAACUAUUGAAGUGCUAUGUUUUCAAUUUUUUGUAUGGAGGGAGAUCUUAAAGAUGGUUUAAAUUGUUCCUCAGAUAGCUUCCAUGUGUGUGUAGGAAGAUUUCAGAUUAAGCCUCAGAAAAGUCCUUGCCACUUGGCAGGUAGCAUAUGAUAUAAAAGUAACACCAGGAAAUUGUUACAAGUAUGGGCAGGUCUUUUAUACAUAAAAUAGAGACCAGCAACUAAAUUACUGCUAUAUAUAAUGUUUAUUUAACUAUUAAGUGUUGCCAAAUAAGUUUGCCUGUUCCUGCUGUCCAAAACAAUAUUUGGAUCACUCAUUUUUUUCAGAUCUUUACACAUUUCCCACCAUUGUGGGACUUUUAAAAUUCCAUAUAUAAUAAUAGCAAAGAAAAAUGUCAAAUGAACUAAGUUACAGUUGCUGAACAUACUAAUUCAUUGUUAGUCAUAAGAAAUUACUUAUAAGACUACCACUAUUAGCUAAAGUACGAGGAACAUGUUGAAAUAACUGCACUGUUAGUUUUGUAUUUUUAAAUAGUGUCUCAUGUAAUAAAGUUACACUUUAAAGCAAGCUGGCAUAAGCAACAUUUGGACUGCUAUUCAUAAUUCAGAAUGAAAUGUUUUACUAUUUUUAUUUAUGCUGAAGUUGUAAAUAAAACUGAAGCCAACUGAAUGGAACCCACUGACAUUGUUUUCAAGUUCAAUUUUUCAAUCAGAAUAGAGCUUGAAGAGACCUUGGAAGUCCAACCUCCUAUUAUACCAUUUCAGAUAGGUGGUUGUCCAGUCUUUUCUUAAAGUCAU